UCGCCGCGCCCCGCGCUCGGUCCCUGUCCUUUCAGAACCUUCCAUCGCCUUCCAGACUUCACCUUCCAUCGCCGGCAUAUAUAGCCAGCCCUCUCGCCUCGUCACUCCCGCACCAAGAAUCACACGAACACCUGAGCAAUCCGCAAAUCAACAAAAACCAAACCACCAAAGCAGUCGAGAGAGGCCAAGAUCCGCGGCGGCGAGAUGGAUGCGUGGAUGUUCGGGCUGGAGACUCCCCUGAUGGCGGCGCUGCAGCACCUUCUUGACGUCCCGGACGGCGAGGUCGGCGACAAGGCGAGCGCGGCGGGGAGCGGCCCCACGCGCACCUACGUCCGCGACGCGCACGCCAUGGCGGCGACCCCGGCCGACGUCAAGGAGCUCCCGGGGGCCUACUCCUUCGUGGUGGACAUGCCGGGGCUUGGCACGGGCGACAUCAAGGUGCAGGUGGAGGACGAGCGGGUGCUGGUGAUCAGCGGCGAGCGGCGCAGGGAGGAGCGCGAGGACGCCAAGUACCUGCGGAUGGAGCGGCGGAUGGGCAAGUUCAUGCGCAAGUUCGUGCUGCCGGACAACGCCGACAUGGACAAGAUCUCCGCUGUGUGCAAGGACGGCGUGCUCACGGUGACCGUGGAGAAGCUGCCGCCGCCGGAGCCCAAGAAGCCCAAGACCAUCGAGGUUAAGGUCGCCUGAGGGGAUCAUCAAUCGAAGCUGGGAAGAGGUCAGAGCAGUGCAAGUGAGUUGUGGCGAGUGGUGAGGAGAAGGUCGCUCUGUGUCUUUCUACACCUUACCUAUCAGAUGUGCUUUUGUUGAGGCAUGCUGGGCUUGAAACUUCGUAAUGCAAAAGAGAAUGUCUGUCGUCUGAUGUUUUCUGAAUAAGUAUAUCUGUGUUAAUUUC